AUGGGGAACGAAAAGGAAACCCCGUUCGUGACGGCGUUUCUCUUAAUGUUGAAAUUGUUUAAUUAUCCACUUCCUGGAAAUAUUGGGGACCUUUUUUCCCUCUGCCAACGCCUCAGUCACACCAUGCACCUCUCCUCCUACUCACUCGACAUGAUCAUGGACCACAAUCCGAGAUCGUACAAAUCGGGAAAUAGUGAUCAUCGGAACACCUACGAUUUCAUCAUUGUUGGCGGUGGUACGGCUGGUUCUCUAGUCGCUACAAGAUUACUGGAUACUAAAAACAAGUAUAAAAUCUUGAUACUCGAAGCUGGCUCGGAACCCACGUGGCUGACGCAUUCCCCAUUUUUCAACCUGUUCAACUGGAACAACAACGACACGACGUGGGGCUACUACUCAUCCCCACAGAAAGGGGCCUGCAUCGCGUGUCGCAAAAAGAAAGUGAAAUACGUCCAAGGCAAAGCGUUAGGCGGAACGAUGAACGUGGGCUGGAAUGUUUACAGCAGAGGAAACCCUCUCGACUACGCCGCCUGGGUCGAAGCCACCGGAGAUUCGUCAUGGAGCUAUGAAAAAUCUAUUAAAUGGUUCAAAAAGACGGAAAAUUAUCGGGGGAAAUUCGACGAUUUUUCGUCGCACGGAUACUCGCAGACGAGCACGAUCAAAGUGACCGCGCAGGGAAUUCAGCCCCUCGUCAAGGAAUGGUUGGAGGGGGCGACCCACCUCAAACUUAACACCACCGACCCAAACGAUUAUCAGACCCAAAGUCUCUUGAAGAAGGAAAUUUGGCGAAAAAACUUGAAAAUUACGCGAUUCGCGCAAGUCAACAAGAUCGUGUUUGACUCUAAGCACUACGCGAAAGGCGUCAUUUACCGGAGGAACCAUCAAGACAUCGAAGUCCACGCGAAUAAAGAGGUCAUCCUCGCCGCCGGCGUCUUCAACACGCCCAAACUCCUCAUGCUCUCCGGCAUCGGACCUUCCCAACAUCUCAGAGACAUCGGAAUCAAAGUGAAAAAAAAUCUGGAACACGUCGGCCAAAACUUGGCGGAUCAGCCGACCACUUUUUUCGGUCCGGUCACCGUCGUCCACGACAAGACGUUUCUCCCCCGGCGGAACUUGACCUACUCGACCAUCAUCCAAUAUUACGUCAACCAGUCCGGGAUCCUGGGGUGGGACAUGCUAUCCGGGCUGGGGUAUUACUCCACGCCGUCCUCUCAGUCCCCCGACCACCCCAACAUCGCCGUCACCCUGAUGCCCAUGGGGGUGGACCCGGACACGCACAAAGUCGUCAACACGGCCCUCUCCAUGAAGCACGGCUACAUGGAAAAAUUCCUGCGUGACCAUAAAGACAAUGACGCCGUGUGGUUGGCCGUCACCCUGGCGAGGCCGGCGUCCAGGGGGAGCGUUCGUCUUAAGAAUGACGACCCCCACUCGCAUCCGGUCAUCGAUCCGAAUUAUUUCAUGGAGAAGGAAGAUGUCACCAAUAUAGCGGAAGGGAUGACAUUAGUUCAAAGCUUAACGAACACACCGCAAUGGUCGCAGGUGGAUGCGAAACUGGUCGACACGCAAUUUCCUGGCUGCGAAAAAUUCAAGCUCAAAAGUCUCCCGUACUAUGAAUGCGUCGCACAACAUUUUACCCUCUCCAUAGGAAAUAUUGGAGGAACUUGUCGCAUGGGGAAAACAGCGGAGGAUUCCGUCGUCAAUUCUAAACUACUUGUUCAUAAAGUGAAACGUCUCCGCAUCGUGGACGCGUCAGUGGUGCCCACGCUUCCGAACGGGGGCACUGGAACGGCCGUCAUGAUGAUAGCGGAACGUGCCGCGGACAUGAUCACGGACAAAUGGACGCAUGAAGUCGCCCGGCAUCGGGAUAAGAGCGACUCCGGUUCGGAUGAGUGAAAAGGAGCUGAAAAUUUUAACAAUUUUACAAAAUUUAAUUAAAAUUUUACUAAUUUUAACCUUUAAACAUUAAUUAAAUAAAAUU